AUUGUGUCAGAACUGGAUUCUUACCUUUUGUCCUUGUGAGCCGUGAGAGAUCAGAGAUCAGCGAUCGAUCAGCACAAAUAAGAGCACCCCUUAUAAGCUUUGAUUUGUCAGAAGAAAGUCUCUACAUCUCUUAACGGUUUGUCAGUCUUUUGGUAAUUGGUUUUUUUCUCAGUUCUCAGCUGAUCUCCCAAAAAAAAAAAACCCACCUGAAGAAAGCCCUAAUAUCCUUCCCAAAGGCCUCAUGAUGAAUCCACAGCGGUUGUCUCUAAGCUUUUCCAGUACUAGUUACAAGUACAGAUUCGUCCAAGGGUUUAUUCGAGCCCUAAAGAGAAUAAACAGGCAAAAACUGGCCACAUCUCUACUUUCUCGUUCUUCUCCUACGGAGAUUUACAAGAGAUAUCUCAAGGUCAAGUCUGCUGCUGACGCGUCUAUGGCUUCUGCGGUUGGUUUGAGGAGAGCUUGGAGCCGAGCUUUGCUUCAGAGAAUCCGAGACCAAGAAAGGAUUAAUUUUGGUAACAAAUAUUAUAAAUAUUGUCCUGCAGGGACAAGAAUUAGAGGCAAGAGUACUACUUUUACCAUGAUCAGGAAUAUUAAGAGAUCAUCAGAUGAUCGUAAUUGUAAGGAUCAGGAGAGUAUAAAUAAUGGUGCACUUGGUUGGAAAGCCAACGAGCUUCGGAAGCUUGUGCCUGGUGGUGAAGCCAUGGACAUGUGUAACUUGUUGGACGAGACUGCCCAUUACAUAAAGUGUCUUGCCACCCAAGUAAAGCUCAUGAAAAGAAUCGCCGAUUUUGCCUCUGCUUGAUCAUCAGUCACGAACUUAAUAUACACUUGAUUUUUUAGUGUUGCAGCUCGGAAAAACCAAGAGUUUUUUUUUUCUCUAAUU